AUGUAUGAAGAGCUGGCCGGUGGCGCUAAAGCCUCUGUCUUCCGCACAGAUUAUGACCGGGAGCGUAUUAUUUAUGCACGAGAUUACCUGUUGCAGCACGCCGUUCAUCCACCGUCGCUGAGCGAACUGGCGAAGGUGGCGGGCAUUAAUGAGUUUAAACUGAAACGCGGUUUCAAAGAGGUUUUUAAUAAUACGGUCUUCGGUUACCUGAACGAUCAUAAAUUGACGCAGGCAAAGGAUCUGCUGCUGUCUGGAAAUAUUGCGAUUAAGGAAAUGGCCUCACAUCUCGGUUAUUCAUCCGUGCCUCAUUUCAGCAAUGCGUUUAAAAAGAAGUUUGGCACAUCGCCGGGUAAGGUUCGUAAAUAA